AUACGAACGAAUCGGUUCCAGGGGUGAGGCAUUCCUGCAAUACCGACUUUUGAAAACUCGAGCAAAUAAUGUGUUUGGCUUCUCUAUCAGACGCCAUAAUUGUUUACCAAGCAUCGCUGUAUUGAAAUCAGUGAUGUCUUUGAACCCCAAACCUCCUUCAUCCUUAUUUACACAUACUUUGUCCCAUGAUUUCCAGUGCAUGCCUCUUGUGCUUCCCCCUGGACUCUACCAUAAUUGUGCUACUGCGGUCGUCACUUUUUUUGCAGUUGCCUUAGGUAAACGAUAGCAAGACAUCACAUGAUUUGGUAAUACCGUAACCACUAAUUUAAUAAUCACUUACUUUCCUCUUUUUGUGAAAAAACCUAAAAGUCCAACCGUUGACUCUAUUAUUUAGCCGGUCCUCCACAAAACUAAAAUCUUGUAUCUUGGAGCCCCCAAGAUUUUCUGGUAAACCUAGGUAAGAUCUCAUUCCUCCAAUAUUCUGGAUACCUAAAAUAUCUCGUAACUCGUGUCUGGCCGAUUCCUCAAUCUUGUGCCCAAAUUGAAUCGAAGACUUAUCAAAAUUUAUGAGUUGACCAGAAACUACCUCAUACUCCUUUAAGAUCCUGAGAAUGGUAUUACACUCUUCUUUUUGAGCUCUACAAAAGAAAAGGUUAUCGUUCGCAAAUAGGAAAUGAGAUAUUGAUGGACAGGCUCUGGUUAUCUUCAUUCCCGUUAAUUGUUUCCCUCUCUCCGCCUUCUUAAUAUUUGCAAUUAAAGCCUCAGUACAUAGAAUAAAUAAAUAAGGAGACAAAGGAUCCCCUUGACGUAAACCCAUAUGUGGAAUAAUGAGACCACGUGGUUGACCAUUUAGUAAAACCCAAUAUUGAACCGAUGAUAUACAUUCCAUCAUUAGUCUAAUCCAAUGAAGAUCAAAACCCAUCUUUUGUAGUAAAGCCUUGAUAAAAUCUCAUUCCACCCUAUCAUACGCUUUGCUCAUGUCCGUUUUAAUUGCCAUAUACUUUCCUUGACAUGCUUUAUUUGUCCGUAAACCAUGAAACAUUUCCUGGGCUAUAAGAAUAUUAUCAGAAAUCAACCUUCCUGACACAAAUGCCGAUUGAGUUUCUGAUAUGAGAGAGGGGAGACAUAAUUUCAAUCGCUGACACAAAACCUUCGAAAUAAUUUUAUACCCUACGUUACAUAAACUGAUUGGCCUUAGCUCCGUCAUCCGUGUAGGCCUUUCCGUCUUUGGAAUCAUACAUAUAUUGGUAAUAUUUAACCUUGAAUCCAUUUCUCCGGAAUCCAAAAAAAUAUUCACCAUUUCUACCAAAUCAUCCUUAAUAAUAUGCCAAGAAUGUUGAAAAAAUAGAGUUGUCAUGCCGUCCGGUCCUGACGCCUUCUCUGGGUACAUCAUAAUUAAAGCCUCUCUAACCUCAUCCUCAGUUGCUAUCCUUAACAAUCGUUGAUUCCUCUGAGAAGUAACACCCGGUGUUACCUCUGUGAGGAAACUAUCAAAUUUUGAUGGUGAAGUGGUACUAAACAAGUCUUCAAAAUAAUCUACUGCCACUUUUUCCACCCCAUUAUCCUCCGUAAUCAAAUUUCCUGCAGCAUCACGUAACCUGACUAUCCUAUUAUGAACCCGUCUUUGCUUGGUUAAAGCGUGAUAGAAUUUUGUGUUAAGAUCCCCAGAUGAAUACUACAUAUUCCUACUAUUCUGAUGCCAGUAAUCCUCUUCAUCCUUAUAUGCAUCUUGUUGUUUCCUAGAUACCUCCAGAAUAUCCUCCUGAGAUCUAGUGUUAUAUGUUUGUACCUCUUCGAGAGCUUUCUGUAACUCAUUUAUUUUUUUUCUUUUUAUAAGGUGGAUUAUUUUUCUGCCAUUUAACAAUUUCAUGACGAUAAUUCCUAAUUUUUUUCCACUAUACCAUCUUCUCUUCCUCUACUAUAAUCUUACGAGCCCAUUGUAAUUGAUUCCAUAAGACCUUCUUGUCUAAUCCAUCUCUUAUCAAAAGGAAAUUGUCAUUUCUUCCUGACAACUUUAUCUUCCAAGUGGGCCACUACUGGACGAUGGUCUGAUGUCUCCAUCCCUAAGUAUUCUGUAUAAAUGAAUUCACGAGUAAAACUAAUUGAAUUCUGUAAAAAAUCGGAAAGUUUCUAAAUCUAUAGAAUCGAAAACAGAAAAAUCUAAACCGAGAUUUUAAACUCUAAAUUUUAAACUCUGAAUCCUAAACCAAACGACCUGGGUCUAGGUAAAUACAAGAAAAAGCAACAGUGGAUCAAAUGCCUGCGACAGAAAUGACAUCUAACUCUUGAAGUGAUUACAUAAUAAAGAUUGUUUGAACUCGUGAGUUUUUUUUUUUUUGGUAAAAGAACUCGUGAGUUGUGUGGUUCUUCAACUUCGUUUACUUGUUUCUUUCCGUGGGGAAGACAGGAGGAUUGUUGAUAGCCUGUAUCUAUGGUUUCAUCUCAAAGACUAUAUCUCUCGCGAAUCGUUUCAAGGAAAUCUCACUCUUUGGCAAGUGCCCGUGUUACCAAAUCACAAGAGUCGAUCCCCAAGUCAGUUGGAUGCUCGGAUUCGGGUUCGACCUGUGAGGCACACCAACUGUUCGACGAAAUUCGAGACUUGAAUGUCAUUUCUGGUACAGCAGUGAUUGGCCGCUUUGUGAAGCAAAGCAGGCAUGUAGAGGCAAUCCAUGCUUUGAAAAGGUUGCUGUAUCUGGGAAUCAGACCAAACGAGUUCACCUUCGGCACCGUCAUUGGGUCCUCUUCAUUUUCGAGAGAUGUCAAAUUAGGCAAGCAGCUACAUGGUUUUGCGUUAAAAAUUGGACUUGCGUCGAAUGUGUUUGUGGGCAGUGCGGUUUUGAACUGUUACGUGAAGCUGAGCACGUUGAUGGAUGCUCGUAGAAGCUUUGAUGAUACUAGAGAUCCAAACGUUAUUUCUUUUACGAAUUUGAUAAGUGGGUACCUAAAGAAACAUGAAUUUGAGGAAGCCCUUUCCUUGUUUAGAACAAUGCCAGAGAGAAGUGUUGUUACUUGGAACGCAGUGAUUGGUGGGUUUAGCCAGACGGGACGGAAUGAAGAAGCUGUGCGUACUUUUGUGGAUAUGUUAAGGGAAGGUGUGGUGAUGCCUAAUGAAUCAACCUUCCCUUGUACUAUAACAGCCAUAUCCAAUAUAGCUUCUCAUGGUGGUGGUAAAAGUAUCCACGCCUGUGCUAUCAAGUUCUUGGGUCAGCAAUAUAAUGUCUUUGUUUGGAAUUCUCUCAUUAGUUUUUACUCCAAGUGUGGAAACACGGAGGAUAGUGUUUUGGCUUUCAACAAGCUCCAUGAACAAGAAAGGAACAUCGUCUCUUGGAACUCUAUGAUAUGGGGUUAUGCGCACAACGGAAGAGGAGAAGAAGCUAUAGCCAUGUUUGAAAAAAUGAUCAAAGACACAAACCUGAAACCAAACAGUGUGACACUUCUUGGAGUGUUAUUUGCGUGUAACCACACGGGCCUAAUCCAUGAAGGGUACUCAUAUUUCAACAAAGCAGUGAAUGAUUAUGAUAAUCCAAACCUGCUACAACCUGAGCACUAUGCAUGUAUGGUGGAUAUGCUCUCUAGGUCAGGUCAUUUCGAAGAAGCAGAGAAGCUUAUUAAAAGUCUGCCUCUUGAUCCGGGAAUCGGGUUUUGGAAAGCAUUGCUUGGGGGAUGCAAGAUUCACUCAAACAAGCGUUUGGCUGAAUUAGCGGCGUCAAAGAUCUUAGAGAUGGAACCCAGAGAUGUUUCGUCGUACGUUAUGCUUUCAAAUGCUUACUCUGCUGUGGAGAAGUGGCAGAAUGUGUCGGAGAUACGGAGGAAGAUUAAGGAAACGGGUUUCAAGCGUAUCUCGGGAUGUAGUUGGAUUGAAGUUAGAGGCCAAGGUUGUGUCUUUGUCAAUGCUGACAAAAGCAACAAACAGAAGGAUGAAGUCUAUAGGGUGUUGUCAGUUAUUACGCAACAUCUUAUAGAAGACCUGCGAAGACUUCAAAAAGUCAACUGUCUAAUGUUUAAUGUAACAUAGAAUAACAAUCCCUUUGGGACUCCUACCCCAAUCUCGCAUUGUUGUGUUAGAAUUGCAGCAAUCAAACAAUGGGGGUGAUUGGUUGGGUUUUAUCCUCUGUUCUAAAAAUCGGCCGUUUGGGCGCUACGCGUCACUU